GACAAAAACUUUUGGACCAUGAGUGUCCAGUUAUGGGAGGUUGCACUGUACAUACGUACAUACUUACUUGCGCUUGGCCUCACGUUGCGCGAUAACGAACACCAACGAUCGUUCAUGUGUAGUCGUAUACGAGCUAAAUUUUGGUUUUACACGGGCAAUCGCCGCCGCCGGAUAGAUAAGAGCAACCCACCGAUCGGUGCGUGAACAGGUGAAUUAGUGGUGAAUGGAAUGCGAUAGCAAGUGCGUGAAAUCGACUGCCUUAUCCGUUACCCGUUAUAAGCAGGAAAGGGGGGUUUUGCAUUAACAAAAAGCACCAACAAAAAAAGACCAGUUAAAAAUAGCCAUUCACUCCACCCCAUUGACUGUCUGGCUGAUAGCCAUAGUUCUAGCGGCUAGCCGCUCGCUCUCGCACGCCCCCGCUCGCCUGUCUGCGUUAUUAAACACUCCGCAUAUUCUCCACAACUACUCGUCGUUUUCUAUGUAGAAGUUAGCGCUGAUAAGAUGUAUGCUCCUUAUCGCAGACGCUUGUGUUAUAACCAUAUAUGAGAACGUUUGCUAGUCAACGCACUCAGUUGUCGUGAGUUCGCCCCACACAACGGUUCUAAGUCUACAUUGUAAUUAAGUUAACAUAUCAAAUUCAAAUCACCACACGUUGACCGUUAACUCAAAAAGAAAAGAAAAAAAAAAACUAAAUAUUUUUUAAGAAACACUAAAAAAACUAAAAUCUGCUACACAAUGGCAGUACAAAACUCUAAAUUUCCCAACAGUGUUCUAAACUCGGCCUUUGUGCCAACAAGCGCUUACUACCAGCAUCUGAGUGCCGCCUCAGCCGCUAUAGCCGCCUAUGAAGGUUGGUCGCAUUUGGACUUUCUGUCGACACAGCUGGCUCACACGUCGUCUACACCACCAGAUGAACUACUACAAAUGCACCAUUUAAGAUUUCCAACACCACCAAUAACACCACCAUACAAAAAUAGCGCUUAUAUGCUAGGUAUCAAUCCCCAUACGAAGGCGACACGCACGCGAUCGGUCAUAAUGAAAAUUGGACAAGAUCAAUUGGACAGCAAUUUGCCACCUACACCGGAACAUGUCGACGAUAUGGCUGUGGAUAUUGUUGGAUUAGAUGACGUGGCCACAAGCGCUGCUGCGUUGCGUCAUGAGGCAAUGACGACGAUGACGACGACGACGAGGACGACACCGACAUCGACGUCGACCACUAGCAGCGCCAGCUCGACCCCUCAACAUAGUGAAUAUGUUUGCGAAUGGAGCAAUUGCGGCAGAGAUCACAACACACUCGAAGCCCUAGCCGGCCAUGUUACCAAAGUGCAUGCAGUCGCUUCACCUGCCGAUGGCUUAUACUAUUGUCGUUGGAUUGGUUGUACACGCAUGCGCGGUUUUUCUGCACGCUACAAGAUGCUCGUACAUGCACGCACACACACCAAAGAGAAGCCCCAUCAGUGCCAUCUCUGCGCGAAAAGUUUUUCACGUGCAGAGAAUCUUAAAAUACACAUUCGCUCGCAUUCGGGCGAGAAGCCAUACCUCUGUACUUAUGAAGGCUGCAACAAAGCCUAUUCAAACUCCUCGGAUCGUUUCAAGCACACACGCACGCAUGCCAUGGACAAGCCGUAUAUGUGCAAAGUGCCCGGUUGUCAAAAACGCUACACAGAUCCUUCAUCAUUGCGCAAACAUGUUAAGACCUUCAAACAUGCUGUGCAACUGAUUGGUACCGCCGCUGUUACACCUAUGAAAAGUGCCAUGAGUGGUGGUGGCAUGGAAAUGGCCACAGCGGCGCAGGCUGUUGGUGGUGCUGCUGUUCGACAGACACAUCGAUCGAGCCUAAUUUCAUCGCCAAUGCAAAAUGUGGUAAACACUGCGGGAAACCAUCAUUUGCAUGCUAAUGCUUACAGCAAUGAUUACAGCGAAGCGGCGUCACCGCGGUGUCAGCUCUGCGUGCCGCCACCACCAGCGCCCCAUUACUAUCUCAAUGCCAUGGAAGAGGAUAUAUGCAACAUUAAGGCAGCUCAACUCGAUUACUACUAUGCCACAACAGCGGGUCAUUCGCAGGCACGCAGCAGUAGUGCAGCUAGCAAUUGUUGGAGCAACAACACACACAGUGGCAGCGAGAGUGCCCCCGUACUCGCCAUGGAACUGGACACACCGCUCGAUUUGCGAGUGAAUCGAAGUUGAAAGUGAAGAAAUUCAGUUAUAUUAAUUUUAUAUACAUACGUCAACUCUAGUCUAACAGUUUAGCUUGUAGUAAAAACCAAAUACAUAAAUACACAGUUACAUGCAUAUGGGGAUUGAAGGAUGCCGAAUAUUGCUCAUGCUAAUGUACCUACAUACAUACAUAUGAAUAUUGAUACUACCAAUACUUGCUUGUUGCUUUAUUGCAUGUGUUUUUUAU